AUGCCAGUCGAACAUGGAUUGGAUCUCACAUUGUCGGAAACACAGUCUCAACCCGGUGCAUUCCUGUCGGCAACAAACAUAGCUGAUGUUGGGAAUGUCCCCAUUUUGUUGAGCUCCUCUGACGCCGUACAAGCAGAGCCUGCCAUGAGGUCUGUUAACGCAGAUAAUCCCUCUGCAUCGUCGGCGACUGGAGGAGACCACGCAGAGGUAUUACUUCCACGAGAGAUCGCGAGCUCCGGCCUUUAUCACGACGAUCCUCCCUUGCCCGCAUUCGGCCCAAUGUUCGGCGCCUCCGCAGAAGAACAGCUAACCCCAGAGUUCCUGGGUGACUCGAUGCAGACACGCCAUGAACUGGGUUUAGCAAGCUCCGAGGAUACUCUCAUGCUGGAAUGGGAGGCGAACGCUCGAUUCGAUCUCGCGUACCUUGAUUGGUUUGAUUUGACCCUUGAUUCUGCCGAGGAACCAGCAAUUAUUGAAACAUCCGGACUGGCCGUUCCCUCGGAAAUCCAGAAAAGCGCAUGCGAUUUGGCAGUCCCAGUAUCGAGCACCCGCCAGCCCGAACUGUACAGCAACCUGAACUAUCCCAACACCUACUCGAAUGCCGCACUUCUACCAGACGACCAGACACAGCAUCAUCAUCAAGACGCUGUGGCAGGAGGUAACACGUCUCUGACUCAAUAUCCAGGACUUGUUGGGUCCAGUAACCCACGUCAAUCGCUGCUGCGACAAUUCCAAACCAGCGAACAGCUGCGGAAGUUGAUGGUGAAUGGUAGGGAUAUUAGUGCCGUCCUCGAAGGGUUCAUGUAUAUUCUCUCUGGGGACACCCUGCCAUCACUCAGGACGUUGAACUCGCAAUUCUUCCUAUCAUACAAUCUUUUGGAGCAGUUCUUGGAUCUUUACAAAACCCAGUUCCAGCCGAUCUUGCCGAUCAUACAUCUACCAUCCUGGGAUCGAUCGAUCGCUCCUAGUGUUUUAGUAUCUGCAAUGGCCUGCAUUGGCGCGAAAUAUUCGACCAUAGAGAACGUAUCGGCCCUCUCAAAGGGGCUAGGGCUGAUAUGCUCGAUAGGAUUGAUGUCAGUGGCUGGACCAGACAUGCGCGGCCUUAGCCAUCACUCACACUUUGCAGCAGCUUGCUUACAUCAAAUUCACGCAUUGGGAUCCGGUGACCGUCAAAUAUACGACAAUGCUGAAGCCGGAAGAGGAGCACUGUUGUCGCUCUUUAGAAGAGCGGGCCUUUUUAAACCACAUACACAACUGAGGCCUGAAGAUCAGAACAACGCUUACUCAGAAGCCGGCGAUGAUCACAGAGCACAAGACUCACCCUUUUCAUGGCAACGAUGGCGCGACUCUGAGUGCGACUUACGGCUAGCAUGGGCAAUUUUCGAGUACGACUGUACGCUAUCAACCCUCACAAAUCGAAGGGGCACCAUAGAUGUGCACGAAGCGCCGGAUCGCCUACCUUGCGCAGAAACUCUGUGGGAAGCUCAUUCUUCUCAGAUGUGGAGAGCACUGGCUUCUGUCAAAUCAAUGCAGCUUACUGGCCCUCGCUUGCCUCUUGUCCUCCAACAACUUGUUUCACAAAAAAACCUCACACGUGACGUGACCUCUUGGUCGAGAAGACUAUGCUCCCAGGUAUUGACUCGACAAAUGUGGGAUCUUAAACGGAUAGAAACCGCUUACACACCUGAUUUUUUGAACCUGCCACAAUUGUUUCACAUGCACCAGCCCGCAAACACGAUUUUGUUGCGAGCCCUGACCUUCUUAAGAAACUCGAUGAAAAACCCGAUUUCAGCCUCCGAUCUUGUUCAUACCCAUGUUACCUAUUUACUCUGCCAUCAUGCGCAUUUAUUCACAUCCAACAGCGGCCUCCACCUCAUUGUCCACCUUUUCAGCAAUUUCUUUCAAGAAGCCCAUGAAGUCCAGAGGAAGCAAACUCAUGCGCUUCAGCAACGUCUGCGUAACCUGCUGCAGCGAGAUCCUAUUCGAACGAGGAGGCUGACAUGGCAUGCUGCACAGAUUGUCGGGAUUGCCCAUGAGAACGCUGUACAUGCUCUCUGCAAGACGACACUGGUCUUCACUGGCUACCUGUACCUCCUUACAUCUGUCAGGUAUGGCAAUCUACAGAGUAAUUGCGACUUUGACCCGCCCGUCCAGCUCGACCGACUUCCCUGGUGCCAAGACUCCGAGGAGGGCGCGGAAGUGGAGACUUGGAUCGAAAUGGGCGGACCUGCGGCCGUCGGAUCUGUGUCGAACCUUUGCGACAAAGACUGCUUUCAAACAUUGAAGGCGAAUGCGAUACAGACUAUCCAGGAUCUGAAAACUUGGCAGCUAAACCAGAAGUUCUGCAAGAUUAUCGAUGCUUUCCCCUGGUAG